UUUCUUCGUGGUGGAACUGUUGGAGAGGUUUCUCGGGUCAAAUCUCUCUCUCUCUCUGAUUGUUCACAUCACAACACAGAGUGAUAAUAUAUGUCAACGCGCGAUCAUUUGAGUUCAGUAGAUCAGUUCCGUGCAAUUUCGCUGUCAAUGGAUAUCUAUGUUUGCCGUCAAUGGACAUCUAUGAGUUCAGAAGAGGCCGCCUCAGUGGUUAUCGGAAUAGAACAGUAGGACGGCUGUGGUCUUGUUCCUCAAACGCAGGAGCACAGAGAAGUUAUGGUUGUUAUUUCACCUGGCUUUUCAUCAAAAGGCAAGAUGGGGGAUGCAUCCUCAAGUUGCUGCUUGCUUUUCUCAGUUUGAAGAGACUUGCCAUGGGCAAAUGUAUCACUGCUGGCUCCUUCAACUUCUUGUUUUAUUUGUUCAUUUAUGGUUGUUAUUUCACCUGGCUUUUCAUCAAAAGGCAAGAUGGGGGAUGCAUCCUCAAGUUGCUGCUUGCUUUUCUCAGUUUGAAGAGCCUUGCCAUGGGCAAAUGUAUCACUGCUGGCUCCUUCAACUUCUUGUUUUAUUUGUUCAUUUAUGGUUGUUAUUUCACCUGGCUUUUCAUCAAAAGGCAAGAUGGGGGAUGCAUCCUCAAGUUGCUGCUUGCUUUUCUCAGUUUGAAGAGACUUGCCAUGGGCAAAUGUAUCACUGCUGGCUCCUUCAACUUCUUGUUUUAUUUGUUCAUGUUCUUUUGUUGGAAGAUGGGACAUCAUCCUAGACGUUUCUUCAAGCUCCAUGCUGGUAACUUCCGAAUUCUGUUGGCUAGCAUGAGCUAUCCUGUUGGGACACUUUGUUUCUGAGCCAAUAUUAAG